AUGCAUGGACUAGUAGUUAUUCACCAUGCAGGAACCCAAGCAACAACGUGGGAAGCACGCGGCAGCGCAGAGGCAUCAACAAACUCUGAUGGAGACCCAAGCAGCCAGAGUCGGAAGGACACAGACGAGUUCCAGACGUGGAUCGAGUUGCUUUGGGGCAAACUAUCCGUUGAAGACGCUCUGCGACUUUCAAAUGCGCAAAGCGUGGACGAAUGGCUCGCAAUUUUUGACAAACAGGGAAUUUUUCUGGACGACGUGAUGCCGACCGGAAACUUUGGACCCGAGCCUGCUGGUCAAAACAUCAUGCAAGCCCCUCCUCCUCGCUAUCCUGGUUAUUCCAGUAAGCUUCUUUCAGAAAGACGUGGUCCAGCCGUCGGUGUCCCUCUGCAGCAAAUGCCGACGACCCAGCAUUUUGGCAGGCAUUCUGGAAUACAGUUCGCCAUGAACGCCGGGUGUGCUCCAGAAAAGGUCGCCGUUCCUAUCCAAGUUCCGGACGGAGCUCUGGAGUCUCGUCAUUAUCACAUAGUGCCGACUUGCACGAGAAUCGAGAGAUGCGGAGGUUGCUGCAAUCAUGAGUUGCUGUCAUGCCAAGCGACGGCUAAGGAAAUUAUGACGAUGAAU